AUGUUCGCCAUCCUGACCGCCCUUCUUGCCGCCACCGCGCUUGCGUUCCCGGCCGAGGUUGCUCGCGGCGAGCGCGGUCAUGGCCACGGCCACCGCCCCACCCCGACCAUCUCCGCGGGCCCUCCUCCCAGCACCUUCCCGACCUCGUCGCCCGGUGUCCCCUACACCUCCACCAGCGUCUGGAUGCCGCCCCAGCCCACCGAGUACCCCCAGCACUACGGAGACUUCGAGUCCACCCCUGUCUGGAUCUUCUAUCCCCACGGUGCGCCGCUGUACAACAUGUGUGUCGAGGCGAAGGGAUGUGGCCGUGGCCGUAAGGGGCGCAACGGUAAGGUCGUUAUCGCGUCCUGCAACUCCUCCCCGGGCCAGCAGUGGGCGUACGGCAUCCAGUCCGGCCCCCAGAUCAAGGUUGCGGGCACCGACCUCUGCCUCGAUGCGGGCCACAACCCGCGCUCCGGCUCCAAGCUGCGCGUUGAGCGCUGCAACGGUUCGGCGAGCCAGAACUGGUACGUCGCAAACACGGGCCUGUGGAUCUUGAACGACCGCGAGUCGGACUACCUCUGCGCCGACAUUACGGGCGGCUCGCGCGACCCCGGCACCGGACUCCAGCUCUACCCUUGCGCAGGCAACAACGCGAACCAGCAGUUCUACCCCGGGUUCUGCUGGGACCACACUUGCAUUGGAGCUUGA